AUCUUACAAGGUAAAAAAAAAUGUUUAGCCAAACAUUGUGGGGAGAACUGCCUCCUCCUCCAGACAGUGACAGGGGUAUAGCAGCUCUAGAGCGAGAACAAAUGACAAAGCUGAGAUCCAUAGAAGUGGAAGGCCCCCGUCUCCACCAACCAUCUAGUCGCCAUCAACCCCCCUCUAAAGACCCUUUACCAGCUGAGAAAUUUGAGAUGGACCCAAUUCUUGUUCACACAAUCAAGUUAAUGCAGCAUUCAAAGAAACUAAGGAAUAUGAUCAGUAAUAUACAGCAGCAGCAGGACGGAAUGGAUGUAGAUAUGAAUUUCCCUCCUGCACCUCCUAUCCCAGAGUACACUGGGCCUCCAAUCAAAAGCAGGAUGAUGGGACCUGUGCCAUUUCUUCCUAAAGACACUGAAAGUGACUUUGUUAGAGGAGUCGGGGAAAUUCCGCCAGUGGUUGAUGAAGAGGCAUGUCAUAAAUUACUCCGCAAGUCUACAGCAGCACUUUGUGCACAUCUUGGAUUUGAUAGCUGCAAUGAGAGUGUGUUGGAAACAUUGACAGAUGUAGCACAUGAGUAUUUCCAAGAUUUUUGUACAAGACUUAGAAAUGCAGCAGACAACAAGCUUUUACAUGGAUAUUCAGGCUUUCCUGAUAUUGUGGAACAAGUUUAUCAUGAGAUGGGAAUAGGAAGUGUUACGAAUAUUCAUGACUUCUACCAGUCACGGAUCAUUAAUCACCACACCUCAAUGCAGCAGACUUGUGCUCAGCUAAUGACUGAGUAUGAAAAGCUAAAACAACCAAUCAUGAAUAAGCAAAUGGAUACAGUACCAGUCAUUAGAAUUAAAGAGGAGUCUUCUUCAGAAAUCCAGUUUCCUGUAUUGGAUGAGAAUGAUGAACUCAAUGAUGCAGAACAAUUGUUACAGUUAGAGGGUUUGGGAGGAUUUGAAAUCACAGUUGAGCAUGAGUCUGCCAGUGGACUUACAACAGAGGUUGAGUCAAAGUGGACAAAAGAGGGUAUUAAAACUGAGCCUGUAGAUACUCCUGUUACAAAUACCAGGGUUAGCACACUAGAUGACUAUGAUGACCCUAGUAGUAUCAAAGUACGGACCCCUCGAACCCCUGCUCAGAUGAGUGAGGGUGGGGAUAUCUCUAACCCAGGAUCUGUGGCUGCCUCUGAUAUCAUGUCUCCUCCUUCGAUAUCUAGACCAAGCAAGCCCAAGAAACGGAAAAAGUGAAGAAUCACAUGUUAAACAAUAAGAAAACUUAUGUUCAACUUGUGUUAUCCACCAGAUGUGUGUGUUCUGAGGGUUUUUUUUCAUUAGUCUAAGAGGAAUAGAUAUUCAAAGAUGUAUACAACAAAAUCUAAUAAGUAAAUCUCUGUUUCUUUAACAGAAUUUUUGUGUGAAUGAUAGACAGUUUUCUGCAUUAUAUAGUAUGAAAGUAUAGAUGACAGAAUUGUUUUCAAAGAUUAUAUAUGUAACAAUGCAUUUUUACAAUAGUGCUGUUUUUAAAGACAAUAAAAGGUUAAAAAGUAGAUGUUCACUUUUAUUGGAAAUAUGUUCAAACAAAGAUGAUGAAAAUAGAUUUAAGUUUUCUAACGCCCCCCCCCCCCCCCCUCCUCUUGAAUUUGAACAGAAAAUUCUGUAGAAUGUGGAAUAAAUCCCAAUGAUGUCAAUUUUUGACAGGGUUUCUCUCCUCUUUUUAACAAGUGUUCAGAGUGCAUUACAUAUGUAAGACUCCAAAGUCCGAUGGUGACGCCAAAGUCCGAUGGUCUCGCCAAACCCCGAUGGUCUGUGCCAAACCCCGAUGGUUUGAUGUCUGUACGGACACCAAAGUCCGAUGGCUCGUCUCCUAUGAGAUGCGCUGCGCUGAAGUGCGAUGGUCUGACACACCAAAGUCCGAUGGUGCAGAGAAACAAUCAACGUUUAUGACAUCACAAUAUUCCGACGUCAAUCCUUGACGCCGUCGUCCUGCAUUCAAAAGCCAUCAGUUCAGUUUUCGUCCUUGCAAACAAUCUUACUGAUUUUGCUUAUUGCUUGCGCCCACCAGAGAUAUUAGGGUUAGUCCUCGCACACCACUCGACUGAUUAGGGUAAGUCCUUGCUUCGCACCAACCCGAGAGAUUCAGGGUUUGUCCUUGCACACUAGUCGAGUGAUUAGGGUUAGUCUCACACCCACCCAAGAUAUCUAGGCUAUAGUUGUUACACAUUUUUUGAGCGAUUUGGGUUAGUUUUGCAACUAACCGAGAGAUUAGAGUUAGUUUUCGCAUAAUUAUAUUUAUUUGUACUUUUUUAAGACCUUGGCAUGGCGCGGCAUUGCAGUUUGGCGCAGUAUUACUAUGACGUCACAAACGUCAAUCGUUUUUCAGCACCAUCGGACUUUGGCGUGGCCAUCGGACUUUGGAGUCCCAUAGCACUUUGGAGUCCUACACAUAUACUUCUGUAUGCAACAUAUGCCAGUUUAUUCAUUGUUAUGUGAAAUUAUUUUUGCGACAUGGUCAUUGAAAUGUCCAGGGUUUUUUUUUUGCCCCACUGAAAGGGGAUAUCUGGUGUGAUAUCUGACCUUGUGAUUUUUUCCUCAAUUUUUCUGUCUGUACAUUUAGAUAUGUAUAUAAACUAUAAAGAUUAUAGUAAGGUCAGGCAAUUGCUUUGAAAAUAAAGACUUCUGACUACAUAUCAAUGCAUGGUAUUAUGGGGGUGAAGGGGACUUUUUAAGCAAUGGAUCCAAUGAGGUGGUGGAUAGCAUUGGCUGUUUAGCACUAUUAAAGGGUCAAAUAUAUCACCUACAUGUUUUGUUUAAAUAAAAAGUGUGGUAUUUGCAAAUUGUAUUUAAAGUUGCCUUUUUCAUAUUUUCAUAAAAAUGUCACUGCAAGUAGCCAUUUAUAUUUUUGAAGAAGUCCUGGAAACUUGGAUCCUAGUGCUGUGAAUUUUCAGUGUUUCAAAAGAAUUUUCAUUUCUUGUAAUGUAUAUUUUACCUGUCAAAUCUGCUGUCAAUGGAAAAAAGGCAACUUGUGUGAAAAUGUUUACUUUGGUAAAAUUUAGAAGGGAGGGUUUUCUUUUUCUGUUUACUUUUGUUUCGUAGCUAACUUUUGCAAACAUUGAUUUUUCAAGAGACUUCUCCCAUUAGUAAGUGAUAGAGACCGAGGUUUUUGAACCACAGGUGUGUAAAAUAUCUAGAUAUUACCAUCAUUUAUUUCUCCUUGUUCUAUAAGCAUGGUUGUAAAUCAAGCUAAGUCUGACUAUUAAACAGAGGUUACCUCACAAGGCGAGAAUCACUGUGUAUAAUUUGCCUCACACAGGUUUUAAA